UAUUUUAUAAUUUUUGGUACGUGUAUUAGCAAGUUCUGUAUAAGUGUAAUGUGGUUAAAUAUGUUAGUCUAAUGUACAAAAUCUAUAAAAAUAACGAAAAAUCACACCCUUGCAUAUGUGGUAAAGAUUUACAGACUUUACUUUUAGAAUUGAAUUUCCUAAGGGAAUGGAGUAAAUCGAAAAUAUGGCAGAUAGAUUAGGUUUGGGCAAUGAAAUUAGAGAAUUAAAAAUAGGCCAGAGUUUUACAAAUCCGAGAUCCAAGGCAUUUCAUACUGUUAGAUAUGAUUUUAAACCAGCUUCUGUUGAUACAAAUAAGAAUGCUACUUUAGAUGUGGGGGAUAAUCAUCAAGUUAUGGUUACUGUUCCUCAUUUAGAUGGGGCAGGUACGACACAAACAGUUUUUAAGGGUUCUCAACGACCAUACACAAAAGAAUGUGUUCUUAUUAUUGAUAGAGAUACUGGGGAGAUCACUUUAGAAAAACUUACUUGUAAUAUCCAAGUGAAAAAAACUAGAAGCGAACAUAAUAAAGCUCCAGUGCUCCAAGAGAAGCUACAGCCCUCAAAUUCCGACCGUGGUAACUCAAAUUUAUCACACAGAUCAGCUACUCCCCCAGUACCUAAUGUUGGGCAUAGAGUUUCAAGUAAAACACGUGUAACUUCAGGCAGUCGCCGACCCGAUAGACAAAUUACCCAGUUAAUGCCAAAACAUUCUCCUCUAAGAGCCAGCCCUGGGCAUCCAUCCACAAAUGCAAGUUCUAUGAACCAGAUAAGCCCUGGAAGAUCAAGAGACUUUCAUGCCAACAUUAAUGAGGUACAUAAUCCAAGUACACUUGCCAGUCUUCCGGUAAUUGGAAUGGAUGAUUUUGCUGAUCCGGUUGUACCAUCGGUUAUGUCACAAUCACAGCACCACAAUAAUCAUUUUCCAGCUUUACCAGUGCAUAAUACUAAUAAUGGGAAAAUAAAUUCCCCCUCAUUCAAUCAUAGUGAUCACGAAAAUGGCGUUGGUACUAUAACAGAUAGUUCGAGUUCAAGCAGCGAUAGUGAUUCUGAGAGUGAUGAUCCUGACAAUACUAAAAUUAAAAAUGGGUUUGCCUCUAAUGUCAGCGAACGUAAUUUGGCAACCUUGGAUGAGGAUUUGUGCUUAUCAGAGUCGGGUUCCGAUUCUAAUUAAUUCCCAUCAAUUCUAUAAUGGCGUGAAGCAUGACAUGGUUGCAUGAAACAAAAAUCUGGGCUUGUAUAUCUGAGAAUAUUUAUGGAAAAAGCAAGGAGAGUGUAUAUUGAGGUUUGAUCAUUUUACAUGGAACAAUGUAUAUAAUGUUAAAGAAAUAUAUUAAAUGCUGAUAUAUUG